AUGCUUGACGGACCCAGAGACGCUCGAGUCCGGAUAGCGUAUGUCACUGAAGAUGAGUCGAAGAGUCCACGCGUCGACGAAACCAGAGACAUUCCAGUCCGGGUAGUGGAGUAUACGGAAAGGAUAGGAGCCUGUAAUAAUGCUCAGACAUCGGAAGCCGACUUAUGGGAUUCCGACAGCAUCUGCAGCGUGGAAACGCUUGUGAGCGAGACCGUCGUCGCCGCUGUUGAACCCGCAGAAAACAGCGAAAAUGAUACCGGCGCUAACGAAACGCUAGACGCCGCCGCUGCCGAUGUGAACGACGCCGAGGGCGACGACGGGAACGCCGACGACGAGGAUGACGACGAGGAUGACGACGACACUGACGACAGCUAUAGCGUCGACAGAGACGAUGAUGAUGACGACGGCGAUGAUGGCAACGUCGCCGUCGUCAAUGACGCCGGCAACGACGUCAAUGUCGACGAAGACAGCAUCGAGAAGAGUAACGAGGGAGAGGAACGCGACGACGACGACAAUGCUGGGGGCAAUGAUGAAAACGUUCGCCGUUAUCGAGAGCCGCUUUCUUCGGCAAUAUCGGAACCGAGUUACUCGCCGGUUAGCUACCAUUCCGACGAAGAUUGUAUGCCACAUAUUCCCGACGCGGAAAAAGAAGAGGAGUGGGAGAGAAUACUGUGGGAGGGUAACGCUGAAAUCCCUCCGGAAUUACGAAUUUUUCCCGAUUCCCCGGUAUGGGGUUCUAGUCAGGAAUUAUCGUAUCUCAAUUCAACGCCGGAAGAGUAA